ACACAAGUAAGAGAUCAGAGAGACUACUGGAACUGCAAAAUGCUUGAAUAUCAGGAGUCCGGGAUGAAAACAACAUCAGGUCAUCGGAUUUCCUUUUCGAUUAUUGACAUAUUGGAUCCCAGAAAGUUUACAAGUAAAAGGACAGCAGCAGUAUCAGAGGAAGAGCGGACAUCAUCUUCAGAAAAUACAGAAUUUGGAAGUUUGGAGAGAGAGCACAAUGGGAAAGGAUCGCUUUCCAUCUGCAAUAAUAUUGGAGAUCAAUCAGCUGAUGACCAUCAAAGCUGCGUCAGACUGCAUCCUCCUGAUCCCGAUGUUGACUUGGACUCUUCAGCCUCUCUCAGAAGCUUAAGAUCGGGCUUUUCUCCUUGUGAAGAUCCGGAUGAAGCAGGUGAAGAGAGAAUCACUCCAGCGCCGGAUGAUGUGUCGCGCCAGCGGAGGCGUCGCUCAGAUCACAGCUGCGCGAAGCCGCGGCGCGCCAGAACCGCGUUCACCUACGAACAGCUGGUGGCUUUGGAGAACAAAUUCCGCGCCACGCGGUAUUUAUCCGUAUGCGAGCGACUAAAUCUCGCGCUUUCCCUGAGCCUGACUGAAACCCAAGUCAAGAUUUGGUUCCAGAACCGAAGAACCAAGUGGAAGAAGCAGAACCCCGGUGCCGAGAGUUCCCUGCAACCCGGCACGAACUCUCUGCCCAACAUCAGCUCGACCUGUGGGUCCACAUCUUCCCUCCACCAUACAUUUAGCUCCGGGAACGUGAUCUUUCAUUCUGGCCCGGUGCACCUGGCAUCUUCCGGUGGGCUCCUGCAUCCGUUUUUGCCUGAUGGCUUCCUUCAGCCAGCAUUCUUUCCCCAAUUAUGAAUUCUGAAAGAAGGAAUGAUCAUAGACUACGUGUAGCCUAAAUGUGAAUUUAUCAAGUGGAUUACUUGUUCAAUUAUCCUCAGCAGGAUGGGAUUGUUCUUGGCUUGAUGUAAUAAUUGAUUAGACCUAACAUGAGUUUAGAUCAACUGUUUUCACUGACAGCUGUGAGCAGAAAUAUAGAUAAGAUGGACCAAACCCUGGGCCUCAAGAAUGAUAAAUCUGAAAGAUGCACUCUCUCAAAUGCAAUUGUAAGCACAGAUGAUCUGAGAAUCUAAUCAUGGUCCACCCUGGCAACCACCCACUUUAAAUCUUAGAGCUGAAUUGUAUAUAUGUGUAUCUUCUAUUAUUCAUGUUAGCAGUUUGAUACGUCACUGUAGAUUAUAUCAUCAAAUUCUUUAAAGUCCCCCUAUGGUGAAACCCAAGCUUUUAAUGUCG